AUAAAUUUUUAAAUUCGCAUUUAAACUGCCCGCCUUUUUUGUGGUAGGUAAUGUAGAUACCUAUUUUACCGAUUACGUCUGUCAUAUUUGUAUUAGUUCAGUUAGGGCUCAAGGGUGCGCUACAAUCGAUCCUCGUUAAACGUGUUGCCUACUUUUGACUAUGGAAAUGACAACUCUUUUAUUUUAUAUUUCUCUAUGCUGUAAUCUAUGUAAUCUGUGAUUUACACAUAACGGAGGAAUGUAAUCAAUUUUUGUAAAAAAAUUAGUUUUCAUGUAGUGUAUAGACAGUCUACUUGAUUUUUAAUCCAACAUUCUGUUCUUAUAUUUUUUUAAACGAUGAACCAAUCAUCUAAUGGAGUUUCUACUGGUAACAACAGCGAAAAAACUUUUAAAGUCAUUGUUAUUGGCGACACAAAUGUUGGAAAAACAACGUUAACUUACAGGUUUUGUGAAGGAAGUUUUUUAAAUUAUACAGAGGCUACAAUUGGAGUAGAUUUUCGAAGUCGUGCAGUUGAAAUUGACGGCGAACUUAUAACUUUACAAUUAUGGGAUACAGCUGGUCAAGAAAGGUAUCGAAUGUCUAUGGUGCGGCAUUACUACAGAAACACAGAUGCAGUAGCUUUUGUCUAUGAUGUGACCAAUCCAAGUUCAUUUCGUUCAAUAAAAAAAUGGAUUGAUGAGUCGAACAUGAAUUGUUUACCAGAUAUACCAAAAAUCCUUAUUGGAAAUAAGUGUGAUGGAAAUGUAGCAGUUCCAACUAAUGAGGCCCAAAUACUAGCUGACAGUCAUAACAUGCCAUUAUUUGAGACAUCUGCAAGAUUAGAUUCAGAAUGUGAUAAUGUUGAAGCAAUUUUUCUAACUUUGGCUCAUAAGCUGAAAAAUAAUAAAAGGUUUUUACCAUCAAACUCAAAUAAUGAAUCUUUGAAAGUGACUGGACAUGUUGUAAAUAAUACUACCAACCAAAGUCAAUGUGGUUAUUGUUAACUAAUGUGGUAUAUUUUUAUUUUUUAAUUUCUUUAUUUAUCUUACAAAAUAUAUAUUUAGACACAAUUAAAGUAUUAUUUGGUUAAAAA